UUGGCGGGCGGAACUCGACGCGAUCGCAGCUGAUCGCAGACCACGGAAAAGAGCGGGACGGCAGACGCGAGUUGGAGCGAGAGGGCGCGCUGGGGCGGCAGCCGGUGCGAGCGGGACAGCGCCACAAUAUACACUGUCUUCGGGAAACAUCGCUUGUUUCCUGCCUGUUGUUGUUUGCCAGCCCAUAAAACUCAGUUCUGGUGGGCCUGUUUUUUACAUAUUUUACAAAAGUGGCACAGUGUGGCCCACUCAAGUGUCACCAGAAAGUCGGGAAAAUUGGGAAAUCGGGAAGGCGAGCGGGGACGCCUCAGGGAGCGGAUCAACUAAAAAUAGCAGAACAUAAAGAGAGGAAAUUCGGAAAAAGAAGCCAAAAAUAAUUGAAGCGUGGGCAGCAUACAGCGGACAGUGAGGCCAGGCUAAGGGAAACCUAUAACAAAUAAAAUAAUAAUUAUGCUUUAAGGAAAACCACGGCCCCAAAAGCCCUUUAACUCAAGCAAAGCGAACUCGUAGGGAGAUACUUCUGAAGAGCUCUUAGCGAGUGCCCCCUGUACGGGCAUACUUGAGAUAAACAAUAAAUUGGCCAAAGGCCAAAAGAAGAAGAAGCGCCAGCAGAUCAGCAGUUAAAGGCAGAUCGAGCGAGUGAAGAACGGACGGGCAACAGGUGGAAGGAAACGGAGACCCCAAAAGAUCAGGCCCGAACGACCUCUAGGAGGCAAGCCCCAUCCGGAGCGAGGAGACCUCAGCCGAUGCGCUGCAAUGUCCCAAGAAGCCGAAGAGGAGGAUGAGGCUCUCCAGGAGGAGGAGCAGGAGGCGGAGGAUCCCCUGGCCAAUCUGUUGAGCCUGAAGCUGAAGAAGCCCAGCCACUGGAACUGGGAGCUGAGCACCUCCCGCAGCUGCAGCCAGAUAGCCCUGCCCCGCAUCCUCCUCUACGACCACACGGGCAACCUGCUGGUGGACGCCGACGGCCAGGAGGAGCAGACCUACACAUCCCGGGAGCCCCCGCGGCGGCGCAAGCGCUCGGCCACCUCCAACCUGAGCCUGGAGCGCAACUUCCAUGGCCUGCGCAUAGCCGAGGCCACGCCCACCGCUACGCCCACGCCCGCGCCCACGCCCACGCCCACGGCCACACCCAGCUCGAGCCGGGAAAGUGGGCGGCGGGAAACGCACGGCAGCUGCAUCGACUUCAGCACCCACGAACUGCCCAACUGGGAGCCCUCCUCGGUGGGCUCGCGGCGCUCCAGCUCCCUGCGCGGAGUUCGCUUCCAGGAGGCGGAGGACCUGCUGGUCUACCCCACGCCGCCCUCCACCUCCACGCUGAACUCCUCGAGCUCGGGGCCCAGGGAGAAGCGACGCUACCGCCGCUCGCAGAGCUCCAUACUGGAGAGGUUCAGCCUCUCGAAGGGCAGGCACUCCUCGCCGGAGUUCGCCCAGGAGGAGGAGGUGGUCAAGGCGCCGCGCUACUUCCUGCGCACCAGCAAGGCGGGCACCCUGGUCAUCCGCGAGGAGAGCUUCAGCUCCCAGCGGAUGCGGCACCGCCGCCGUCGUCCCCCCAAGCACUCUUCCAGCGAGAACAUCCUGCAGGAGCAGGAGCGGGAUCGGGAGCGGGAAGAGGGGCAGGAGCAGGCGCCCCAAGCUCCAGCCAGUGUCGCGCAGGCCGCGACCCGCCGGAGACCGCAGGGGAGGACGCUCUCCACCUCGGAGGAGGAGGAGCGGGACAUGGAGCAGGAGCCGCGCAGGUCCAGGGGCAGGCCCAGGAACCCGAGCCAACGCAGCUGCGGCAAGGAUGCGGCCCAAGAGCUGAUCACCGUGGAUCCCGAUAAUUGUGUGUAUCGAGCAGCGCCGGGCGCCACCGCACGAUAGAGGACAGGCCGGAAGACCCCGGGAAGCCGCCCAAGACGAUGAGAACUGGUCUAGAAAACUACACAGAAAGCCAGAGAACAGAUAAAACUAGAGUUCCUCGUUGUGAUGUAAGACGAUAAACAUAUGAAAAUAAAACGAAUAGGUGAAGCUUAA